AUGGAUUGGUUCUCAUGGCUUUCCAAAACAGGCCUUGAACCAUCCCUAGUAUAUGAGUAUGGCCUUACUUUUGCUCACAACGAGCUUGAAGAAGAAGACAUAAUCUACUUCAACCAUGAGUUUCUCCAAAGCAUGGGUAUCUCCAUAGCCAAGCACAGGCUUGAAAUUCUCAAGCUUGCAAGAAAAGUAAAGGGAAAGAGGUCAUCACGCCCAGUGGCAAGGAUCAUGGUGGCGAUCAAGAGGACAAAGAGGUGCUUAGCUAAUUACAUUCGCACGUUCAUUGGGUGUGAAGAAGAAUCAUCAGCACUUGUUGUGGUGCCAUCAUCAAGGACAAGGCCUAGUGGUUAUGGGACAAGAUGGAAGAGUGCUGUUGUGAAGAGGAACAAAAGGUUGAGAGUGCCUAAGCAAGAGAGGCUCUUGCUCACAAAUGGAAGUCCUACGGUGGUGCCUGCUUUACCUGGUCUUGAUGGUUUCACUAGUCCUAUGGUGUACCAUUUCCAAAAGGAGGAAAAAAUGGAAGGUGGUGAUGAUCAUGAUGAUGGGUAUUGGUCUGCUGCUGUUGAAGAGAUCAGGUGGGAUACCAUGUUCCAAGAUCUAAAGCCAAAUUGA